AUGUCAUACACACCAUCUCAAACUCUCUCCUAUUCAGAUCUUGAUACCCUUAGUCCACUCAGCUCAGAUCUCAUUGAAGACUUCUCUUCUCUUGGAGAAGACCCCGAAGACUUGUGGUAUCAAGCUGCACUCCAGACUUUCGAAAGCUGCUCUAGCGACCAGCUUGCAGGCUCCAACACUUAUCCUGACGAGCAGCUCAUUGGUCUAUCCAAGUCUUUCAACCGCGAUGCCUGUACCUUGUCCGACACGGCGGGCUGCGGCUCGWGGAUGGGUGACGGGCUUAUUGAGGGAUCCUCAGCCGAGAGAUCCGGGAAAUUGAAUUGUCACACCACCCUGCUUUCUAGCAACCUGGCUCUGGUGAAUCAGAAUAUGCAGUACCCUAUGUAUGCAUCGCAAAGCACGUCACCCGACUCUCAAGUUCUCCCAACGUGGGAGGAGAACCCAGGCAUGCACAACACCACGAAUCACGCGGCGGAGCGCCCUAUUUAUCCCUUGAAUGGGAGAGGAAACGGAAAAGAUGUUCCCCCAAAAAGGGAGAUUGAAAAGCACGUCAGUCAGAUUUCCAAGUAUAGAGCCGAGCAGCGGUCAAAGGUCUUCACGUGCGAUGAUUGCGGAACUCCCUGCCGCCGGUCUGCCGAUCUCAAGCGACACAUGGCGAGUGUCCAUAAGAUCGGUGUGGUGUAUGCGUGCGAUAGCUGUUUGCAUAGAAAUCGUCGUGGAGAUAAGAUGAAGGAGCAUUGCCGCAAAAGGCAUCAGCAGGCGAGGGGGUCAGAGGCAUAUGGGACGCUUGGAACAGGAGAUCUUUGA